UUCAUUCACGGCUUACGCAUCGACUUAACUUUCUUUCGGGAAAUCAGAAAUGUUCAAAGAAAAUCUCGUGUUACUGAAAAUAUGACUCACAUAUCAAAUUUCGCGGUAGCUAUUACAUAUAUUGGACGUGAUAACAGAACAUAAAAGUAGUAUUUUUUGCUGAUAAUACAGUAUUUAUUAUUGUCAAAGGUGUUAUGGAAAGUCUUAGUCAUGAAAUGCUUUUUUGUGAUUAUUGUUGUGUGUGUCUCUCUAAGUGAAAGUGUAUCCUUAAAUCCAGAAAGGGCAGAUUCCUCGACUGUUUCUAAGGGAAACGCAACAUCGGAGCAGAAAGUAUGGAACAUAAAACUUGACAUAUAUUUUUCAAAAACACUUCCGAGCUUGAUAAAAAAGGUUCACGGCGAGGACAUGCGGCUGCGAUGCGAAGCGACUAUGAACUUCACUCGCGUGGAGAAAACCACCAAGAACAAGGAAGGCGUGGAAACCUCGCAAGCAGAAGUGCCGCCCGACCAUAUCCUGCAAACGCUCAUGAAAAACGUCAAAAUGUACUGGCUUAAAGAUACUAAAAUUAUCACCAACACUACUAGAUUAAAAAUUCUCAAUAGAAUGGACAAGAAAAACGGGACUUUAGGUACUCAUUUGAGAAUCAAAGACAUAGAUGACAGUGAUGAAGCCAACUACACCUGUGUCAUCAGGCAGAGCUACGAAAAGAAACAGACAACGACGCUGAAAGUAUUAAAAGAUGACGAAAAUGAUGAACUACCAAAAUACACAUCAUUUCUACCUAGUGCAGAAGUGAACAAUCAACUGGAGAUGCUUAUUAAAACAACCCCCGAUCUACUGUCUGAGGACAUUCGUUCACAGCAUGCAAGUGUCACUGCAGCCCCAAACACCACCAUCACCAGGAAACUGGAGCCAAUCUGUCAAGAGUAUGUAGGCAAUGUGUGUGCCGCACACCUCAAAGGUCACUUUGUGUACAUUCCUUACAACAUAACUCAACUGGCAGUAGAGGACAAGCUAUUGAAAGCCCUACAGGUUACUAAGUACUCAAAUGACAUAAGUUCCAACUGUGAGGGAUUUGCCUUGCCUAGUUUGUGUUACUCAACAUUCCCUAUUUGCCGUAAUCCAAUGAUUACGAAUGAAAACUUCUUUAGAGAAGCUAAAGAAGUCUUUACACAGCCCAGUACAGGCGACAGAGCUCAAGAUACUCCGUGGGUGGUCUUUGAUAACUCGCCUGCAGGGCUUGUACCACAGUUCAACAGAAAUCAUACAGCACAGUCAUUUGAUUAUCGCUACAAUUCCACAGUAUUAAAGCGUGUCUGCAAACAGGAUUGUGAAAUAUUAGAGAAUGAGUUGUGUCAAACGGAGUAUGCUAUAGCCAAAAGACAUCCGCACAUUGGUCAACAGCUAACCUUAGAAGAAUGUCAGAGCUUGCCGGAAAAUGACUCUGAAUGCCUCAAAAUUGGUAUUGGUGACCUUAUGGUGUCGGAUGAUGAAUGCUAUUGGGAAUAUGGCCAGGGCUAUCUAGGAAAGGUGAAUACUGCUGGUAAUGGUAUGGCAUGCAUAGAAUGGUCCAAGCAACUUAGGAUUAAGAUUUCAGAUUAUCCAGAACUGACUGGUUUGCACAGUUAUUGUCGAAAUCCAGGAGGGAAGGAGCAACAGCCCUGGUGCAUGGUGGACAACGAGGGGAGACUAGAGGUACAGCAUUGCAACAUUCCGAAAUGUGCAUUAAAAAUUUGGAUAUACAUUGUUGUAAUAUUUCUCUUGUUAACCUUAUCAAUUGUGAGCUUCAUUAUUUGCUUAUGUUACAAAAAUAAAAGCAAAAACAAUGCAGCCGCCAUAAGAGACAUCAAUUUGCCAAAUGCUGAUAAGAAUAUUUAUGGUAAUUCUAGAUUAAAUUCUCCGAUAGAGAUGAGUGAACUGUUGACAAAUCAGAAUAUUGCCAAUCAACCGCACCUAACCAGGAACACGAGGGGCAAUGGUAUUCUGAGGAUACCUCAGUACUCUCUAUCACAAAUAAAAUUUUUAGAAGAAUUAGGAGAGGGGGCAUUUGGAAAAGUCUACAAAGGAGCUCUCAAGAAGAAUGGUGAAACACAUUAUGUAGCUGUUAAAGCACUGAAGGAAAAUGCUUCUGCUAAAACCCAAGCUGAUUUCAGGAGAGAAAUAGACUUAAUUUCAGAACUCACUCAUGAGAAUAUAGUUUGCAUUGUAGGAGUAGCUCUCAGUGAAGAGCCUCUGUGCAUGCUUUUUGAGUUUAUGGCUCGAGGAGAUCUGCAUGAGUUCCUCAUGGGACGAGCACCCCCUUCAGGCAAGGGCCUGCCUCCCAUGAGGCUCCUUAGUAUUGCUCACAACAUUGCUUCCGGAAUGCAGUACCUGGCGUCCCAUCAUUACGUCCACAGAGACUUGGCAGCAAGAAACUGCUUGGUGUCAGAUGAUUUUGUGGUCAAAAUAUCUGACUUUGGGUUAUCACGAGAUAUCUAUAGUUCAGAUUAUUACAGAGUACAAUCGAAAAGUUUAUUGCCAGUCAGAUGGAUGCCCCCAGAAUCCAUUCUGUAUGGAAAAUUCACUACAGAGAGUGAUAUCUGGUCCUAUGGAGUUGUACUAUGGGAAAUUUACAGUUAUGGGUUACAGCCCUACUACGGGUACAGCAACCAAGAGGUGAUAGCGAUGGUCCGCGGCGGCGAGCUGCUGGCGGCCCCGGCCGCGUGCCCCGCGCCAAUGUAUGCCCUCAUGCGCGACUGCUGGAGGCACAUGCCCCAGCGGAGACCCAACUUCGAGGAGAUAGUAGUUAGGAUACAAGGCUGGAUCACAACGGGCGGCUGCCCCGAAACGGCCGCAUCAGAGUCCGGCAGCAGCGAGUGCGGUCACCUCGGCUCCGUUCGCGAGCUCCAAGAGCGAGCACCCCUCCUCCCACCCCACUGCUCGGCUUCUAAUGGAUCCCUCCCAAUGGGGAGCCUCAAAAAGAUAAGUGUAGCCGGCUCUAGCUCUAGAGUCGACGAGACCUGCUCAACUUGCAGCGAAGGCCCCCCGCUAGCCCCUAAGAAGAAGCACAGCUCCGGCUCUCUCAUAGAUGAUCGCGGGACGAAGGAUACUAUCGUCAGGAUACAAAAUACUCAGUACGGUAAUGAGAUAUAGUUAUUUGUAGGGAUGUGUUACGAAAGUUAUUAGGAAGUUUUUGCGGAUGGUUUUGUUAACACAUUCACUGCCAACGUUUUCGUAGCGCUACGCGCGUAGCCGAUCUCAGCGUUUUCCUGUUUUGUAAAGGAAAGCGACUACUCAAUGUGUUAAAUUCUUGCAGAAUUCAACCACAAAAUUGUCCCACGAACGGAGUUUACAUAAAAUUUACUUAUUCACGCGCGCGAGACAUUUUUGAAUUGUUUGGACACACCUGCCUAAGGAAUUACCCUACCUAUAAAUAUAAUGUAUCUGUCCCAAUUCGCGUCUGUGAAUAUAUUACGUAUACUGAAAUUAUCCAGCAUCCGCAAAUCCUAGUUUCAUAGUUAGACGAAUGAAGACUCGAAGCGGCAGCUUUCGAGCACUUUAGGUUUUAUGUCAAUUGAGGGGGAGUUAUUUUUAUGGAGUAAUAAUGUUGAAGUUCAGACAGUUCGGGCCGCCCCGGAUACUCAAUAUAAAUAAACAAAACUACAAUGGGAACACUAUAUUCUUAAAUUAAUUUACUGGAGUGAACUGGAAGAACUCAUAUUCAGUUAUUAUAACACUUAUAAAAAGCAUUCUUACAUCAUCACACAUCACUUAGAACCAGUGAAAAUAAGGAAACUAUUAUUUAAAAGCAUAUAUUUAGUACAUAAAGGCCACAUCACAUCAAUAGACGCACGCAAACGUCAGUUUACUCCAACAAAUUAAAAACGACCACUUUACAAAUCGUCUGUCGUAAAAUCGUACGUAACAAAAACAAAAAACAGCUGCAUAAAUAGAUGUCGGAAGUAUUUAUUAUAGUCGUAGCUUUAAAACGAAUUAUUCGUAAUUCCCGUUUUUGUAACAGAGUGAUGAAAAAUAGAAUAUAAGCAGCUGUGUAAUAUAUAAAGAAAUUAGGAUAAGUAUAUGUUAGUAUUUAAUGCGCCGGUAUCUAAUUUAUAACGAAUUGUUGCCAGUACCUUUUGUAUUGCCCUUUUACACAUAGUUUCUUAGUUCCUGCCAUUAUAUGAUAUUAUAUUCGGUAAAUUUGUAACUCAAUGUUGACUGGUAGCUAUAAUUCCAUGUUAUUUAUUGUACUUUAUUAUAAGAACAGUUUCCGAUCAGCUAUCACAGGUAUAUCAGUAUUAUUUACGUCUUAAAUUUAUACUAGCAAAAUUUUAUGUUCGUUUAGUUAUAGUAUCAUGACCACGGCCACGGGAAAAACGCUAAGAAACAAAAAAUAUGGUAGACGUAAUUUGUUUGGCAUUCCAGUACAGUAAUAACAUUCUCGAUGUUUUUGAUAAACUUCACAUAUUGGGUUUACGAUAAUUUUAUAUUAUCUUUUCUUGCGUGUGUUUCACCAACGCCAACGUAUUUAUUAAAGUUAUGGUGCGUGACGCGCGGCGAAAGUAGACAACUGAUAGCAUUUGCUUCGCGUGGCUGCAAAACACUCAUUCCCCUGUUUAGAGAAUCUUUUUAAUUAACUUGGAAUAUUCAACGUUUUUGUGCGUGAGACAACACUGCAGGCGUUAUAAUCGAUGUUUUAAUUUACAUAAAUAUAGUAGUAUAGCUCUGUAAAAGCAAGAUACAGUUAAGUAAGUGUAAAAAUAUCCUCUUCUUUUUGUGUCAGACAUCAUUUUUUCGUAACUGACUGUAGAUACAGUUUUAAUUGCACUCAAAAUUAAACUUACCUGUACCUAAUUCUCUAUUGGAUCAAAUUUUACAUCUUCAAUGACAAUGUAAGUAUCCAAAAUCUGAAGCUAUGUUCCCAUGGAAUCUUGUCAAAAUUACUCUUUAAUAGUGUCAAGAUUAUAAAAUAUUAUAAUCCCCACGACUUGGUUCCAUUUGUUGUUUUUGAUAUUAGAUAAUCCAAUUUUUUUAUGGCGAGCCGAUGAUGAACGUGUAAAUCGUGCAAUGUACUCUAAUUACGUCU